AAAUUAAUCACAAACUACCUGUUUCGUUAGUAAUGACUACUAGAACUGUUUGCAUUGCCAUCUAACAUUUGCGGGCGGAAACUAAGUUAAGGUCCUAAUACUAUACUGCUAUGGACAACAUUUACACAGCCGCGCAAGCUGUGCACGAUAUUAGUUUGAAAAAUGGCGCAAAAAAAGAAAUCGAUGAAAAUACAAAAGCAGGAAACGAACCGUUACAUUUAACUGUAUCUGGUGAUGGUACAUGGAGCAAACGAGGCUUCUCAUCCUUAUUUGGUGUUAUUACAUUGAUCGGAAAGUACACAAACAAGGUACUAGAUGUUGUGAUCAAAUCUAGCUUCUGUAAAGCAUGUUCACUUCGAAAACAUGAUGAUUCUAUAGAAGAGUUAUUGUGGCAAGAGGAACACGAACAGAACUGCACGAUCAAUCAUUCAGGAAGCGCUGGAAAAAUGGAAGUCGACGGCAUUAUUGAAAUGUUCAAACGUUCAUAAGAUUUACACGACGCUAUGUACGAAAAUUAUAUAGGCGAUGGAGACAGCAAAACUUUUAAAAAUUUACUCAAUGAAAAGCCAUACGGAGACGAAUUAUCAGUAAAAAAAAAGAGAUGCGAAAAAAUGGAGGUGUGUUUUUCUGAUGAUCGCUAAUUCGAUCGCCAUUUGGAGGCAUUAAAACGCAUCUUUUUAUGAAUAAAAAAAAUUUUUUUUGGAGUUUAAAUGUUAAACAAUUCCAUGAAAAAACCGCAUCUUCCUAUAUAUAAUAGAUUUUCUUUUAAAAAUUCGUAAAAAUAGGCUAUUUUUACGGCCGGCGAAUGUAAAAGCCUCCUUAAGCGCUCCAAAAGCGUUUAUACCUUCAAAUAGAUCCUACAAAAUAUAUGCGAUAUCGUAGUGUUUGUCAGUCAUUUAUCCGUUUUAGCCAAUUUUUCGUAUCCAGAUAAUUUCCGCUAUAACUGCAAGAUCGUUUUCUUUAAAUGUAUUGCUGAUUUAAUCAGAAAUAUUUUCACUGAUUCACUCGAAGGAAGUGUAUAAGUAAAAAGUGUUUCAACGAUGAAAUAUCAAGCCUCGUCUGCAAUACGCGGAGUAAGUUGGAAUAAGAAAUAAAAAUGUUCCCGCACAGCUUCCUUACCCCGGAAGUAUUUCUCUCAAGUAAGAGAUUUACUCCAACUCACGUCAAGCUUACUCCGCGUAUUCUAUAGAGGAGUCUUCAUGCAUACACAAAUCAUACACGAGAGUGUACGAGAUAUAAUCGUAAAUAACACGACGCGCGUGAUGUCGUGAUUGUGCGCAACGGCGUGCGCGACGGUGUACAGUUGGAUGUCUUUAAGACACCUCCAGAAUUCGAUGAAGAAUUGCUCGGGUCCUGCGACAGGUGCUCGAGCCGUCGAGAGCGACGAAGUGUCUUAUUAAACGGGGUCCUCGUCGCGUAACAGAUCCGCAAUGCCCGCCAUUGUUACGAUUUCGAAGCCUUGAACGGACACGCGGCUUCGCCCACGCCCGGUUCUCGCACCGAUGGUGCAACGCGACGAGAGCGAGAGCGCACUUUAUCGUUAGUCCAUUUGCAUGCCGGCAUUUGUUUAGUUUCUGCCAUUUCUCACGCCCGUCAAAUCUACGCAACGCAAUCUCCAGCGCGCGCGGCAUUAAUCCGACGCUCAUUAAUACGACGGUUAUGAGUAUUCCGCAACCAGCUUGCCGGCACAGAUCCCCGACGUCAGCCCACGCGCAACCUUUCCCGAGGAGAUCCGCGUUGCCCCGGCGGUUCGCACGCCGAAAAAAAAGAAAGUGGAAGCCGUUCGCGCGAGAGGCUACCACUGCUGCUUCCGGUCUUGUUUUUCCCCUUUCUUCUUUUUCUUUCCCCUAAUAAGCGGUCCAACGAAAAUCGAGAGUGGCCCGACGUUACGUCGCCAAGUAAGGCGGCACUAUGCAGACCGAGGAAGUCGUGCCGCGCGCACAGUCGAUUGGCAUAGACAGUGGUCUCACCGACGGCGCCGGUCUGCAGCAUCAUUUGCAUCACUCAGUGCACUUACGCUGCCCGUUACCGCCUCUAAUCCACAUGGCCGUCAAGCAGGAGCCGCAAGAGGAGGAAGAGCGAAGUCGCGACGCGAACACGUUGAGCUCGCAAGUGGACGCAAGCAACGCCGCGAGCUCGCUGGACGGCAAGCACGGACAGCAGGUAGCUCAUCAUCAAAUUCAGGGCCUGGGAGAGAAUUCCACGCUGACCGUCCCGGACCCCGCUAAUCGAGGGCGGCCCAGGUGAUUCAUUUCCCUUCCUAUUCUACGCAAUGCGACUUGAGCGCAAUCGGAUAGAGUAAUAAAAGCGAGACGCGCGCGAACAAGCGCGUAACGAGCGUGUCUCGCAGCGCCUUUUACAUCGGCUUGCAGCGCGCGUCAACGACUCGGCCGCUCUUUUCCUCUCUCUGGUAAUUUUUUUUUUCUUUUCUUACUCUUUUUCGUCGCGUCACUAACGACGUCUUUAACGUAAAACCGGCAGUGUCCAGGAAAGUGCUUCAAAUGGCCGACGGCAAGAAAGACAGGCGCCGGGAAACUGGUUCGUGCCGAGCGACUCUUCUAAAGUCUUGGACGCGCGCGGAAAAAGUAUUCGCGGAUGUAGCGUCAGUGAGACGCGCCGCGAGCAAGAGAGUCGAUCACCGUUAUUAUUGAAUUUCAUUAAACGGACCGGCCGGCUAGAGAUGUGAAGAAGAGGUGGACGACGAAGAAUAAGAAGAAGAAGCGCGCGAGACACGCUCUCUGCAUACGCGCGAAGGCGUCGCUAUAAAGCACCGUUAAGGUGUGGUUCGGAAUGCAGUCGCCGAGCAAACGCGUUAAUGAAGCAGCGAUAUCAAUUGCUCUACGAGCGCAUGCCACUUUGAAUACCUUUCUUUCCACGAGAGGUUAAUCCCUUCGCGUUCGUAAGAGGAUAACGUCUACUUUGCUCUAUCGCUUUGCGAUACGUCGUCGCGAUACCGAAUAACGGAGGUCGCGUGGUCUUCUUUCUUCCUUUCUUAUAAACAUCGAUCGUUAUGACGACGUUUCCUGGCAUUACCAUGCGAUUUCCUUAAAGCCCUUUGGCCUUUCAGUAUCGCGCAUUUAGAGAUGAAAUUUCUUCAUCAAUCUCUCAUCAUCGUCAUCAAUCUUCAUCACUCGUCAUUAAUCCUACACAUACCGUCAGGCUUGAAAGAUCAAUGAAGAAUAUCAAAUUAAAACACUGCACUAACUAUUGCUCAACCUUCCCAAGUCGAAAUCUUGGCCCUAUGUUAAACCUUGAAUUCUACAACGCAUAACAGGAGCUAAGCAGGUUUAACUCUAAUGAUACAAUUUACUCUUACUUUGACUUUGAUGUCCGAAAUUUUUCUUUUCACUUUCUCUAGCGUCAAAAUAAAUAUUGAACGGAGUAGUGAGACUAAAAAUAGGAUCAAAAUUUCGACUCGGAUGGAUUAAAUAGAAUUGAAAGAGGCCGAUAUUUAAGUUUCAAAAUAAAUGUUGAGUGAGAUAGCACAAGGUUGAAAGUAGAAUCAAAAUUUUGAUUGACGCUACGAAUCGUUUAACUUGCCAUCAUUUUUUCUAUGUUGAAAUUUUUUGUAAGUGUAAAAAAGUGUUCGGGAAUUAUUUAAUAUUCGAUCAAUACCUACCUGCAUUUUAUCUUUAUUCUUGAUUUUCAUAAGCAACGUAUUGAUUAUAUAAUCGCAGAUAAAUAUAUGCGAUAAGCAUAUCUUAAAUAAUUGAUAUAAAUAAAUGACACCAACGUUUCAUAAUUUUUGUUAUUCCUUUUUUAUAUCGGAAUUUCGAUAGGAUUUGGAUAUUCAAAUGAGCUAAGAAACAAAAAAUUACGAGGUAAAGGAAGUUACUUAAUAUCCACAUAAGCAUUUAAAUGAUAAUUCGGUACAGUAACAAGGCUACGCGGAAAUAAAAAAAAAAAAAGAAACGGGCGUUGGCAGACUCAAGGCGAAGUUUCACAUACCAAGAACUAUUGUUAGAGAAAUAAAUAUCAGCAUUUGUAAAUCAAUAAUUGUAAAUUAUUUAUGGUCUUUGAUUGCAAAUAUAAUAAAUUAUAAAUUCGUAUAUGAACUAUUAUUCGUAAUAAAAAAGAUUAAACGCAGGUAGACUAUUGAGAAAUGGUUUAAUAUUAAACAGUUCUGAAAUAAAUUCGGUAAAGGUGUAGAAAAAGGGCGCCA